AUGUCUAAAGCAACUCUGGCCGUCAUCGCUGCUGCUAGCGCAGCCACUGGAGCCGGUGUCACUGCACUGCUCUUCUCCGGCAAGCCCUCCAAGCAGCAACAACAACAGAAUCUGCCUCCGACACCUACAACCCCCGACCUGAAACUGCCCUCAACAAUCCCAGCCCCGACCCUGGCAGCCAAGGCAGCCACUGGCCCUGUCGAUCCCGCAGGAAUCCUCCAAUAUGGUUUCCCGGGACCAAUCGCCGACGAGUUAUCCUCCCUCCCACUCCACGGCGCUUACGACCGACGCACACGUAACCCAUCCUGGGUCGCGGAACACAUCACACCGGAAUCUCUGGCCGUGAACAAUGCCGACCGGAAGAAGAGCACCUUUGUCGAGGACACGACCAUCCCAUCGAUGUUCCGCGCCAAGUUGUCCGACUAUUUCCGCUCGGGCUAUGACCGCGGACACCAGGUGCCAGCGGCGGACGCGAAGUGGUCGCAGGAUGCGAUGGACGGAACAUUUGCGUUGAGCAACAUGUGCCCCCAGGUCGGAGAGGGCUUCAACCGCGACUACUGGGCGCACUUUGAGACUUUCUGCCGUGAUCUCGUGAAGCGGUAUCCCUCCGUCCGCAUCGUCACUGGCCCGUUGUACCUGCCUCACCGUGACCCCGAUGGCAAGUGGCGUGUGAACUACGAAGUUAUUGGCAACCCGCCUAACGUCGCUGUGCCGACUCACUUCUACAAGGUCAUCUAUGCCGAGGAUGGCACCAACUCGCCCACAAGCAAGGUUGCGCUCGGUGCUUUCGUUCUGCCCAAUGCGCGCAUUUCGAAUGAUAAGCGUCUGACCGACUUCGAGGUUCCUCUUGAGGCCGUGGAGCGUGCCUCGGGUCUGGAGUUCGGCUCUAAGUUGGAUCUCAGCCGCCGUCGUCGUCUGUGCCAGGAGGUGGCUUGUCAGGUCACCGUGCGCGAGUUCAACAAUGCUAAGAAGCGCUCUUGA